UUCAAAAUCCGGUCCUGUGGACGCGCACGGGCACAUGAGCGCGCACGUUUAGUUCGAAUAAUUUAAACGGGAACGAGUACGUGCGCGCACUCGUAUUCUUUGUGUGGCAGCGUAGAGAAGCGCCAAAAGAGUGACCAUGGCUGAUGAAAAACCAAAGGAAGCAGUCAAGACAGAAAACAACGAACACAUAAACCUGAAAGUAGCAGGUCAGGAUGGAUCUGUAGUGCAGUUCAAGAUCAAAAGACACACGCCGCUCAUCAAACUCAUGAAGGCCUACUGCGAGAGACAGGGACUUGCAAUGAGGCAAAUCAGGUUCAGAUUUGAUGGACAGCCAAUAAAUGAGACAGACACACCUGCACAGUUGGAAAUGGAAGAUGAAGAUACAAUUGACGUGUUUCAACAACAGACAGGAGGCUGGGUUUAAUCAACCACAUGCAUCACCAUUUUCCCCCAUAACACAACCAACCUUCCCCCGGGCCUGUGAUACUCAGCGGCUGCUUCUUUGCAACUUGUCCUAUCGUCUCAACAGAAUUCCAUGCAGAAGAAGUUGUCAUUUCUCUGCUACACAUAACUGCUGUAUAAUAUUUUUAUUCUUGCCCUUGUUACUUUUCUGUUUUUGUACAUAAACCACAUCCAGAUCACCCUGAAUUCAGGUUUUGUUUGUUCAUGCUGUUUUGUGGUAAAUGUUAAGGACUUCCCUUCCCAAUUUGAAGGGCUUCUUCUAAGGUUGCAGACAGAUAGGACUGGUGAUAGUGAGAAUUAACCAACUUUACUGAUCAAAUGUCGUUGGGCUAGGCUUGGUCGGUGUCCAGCAAAUCUAUUCUUAAAAUGUUCUAUUUUGGGACUGGCUAUCACUUAGUGAACGGUAUACCCAGUUUGGGAAUGGGGCUGGAUUGUCAUUUGGUUUCUGUUAUCAUCAGAAAAAUUUCUUUUAUAUAAUAGUGGAUGUGUAGAAAAAUCUUUCGAUUAAUCGUUUGACUAGGCCAUGCUUAAAAUUUUGGGAUGUCUGAAAAGAUGUUUCAGUUAAAUAAACAUCUGUGUUGUCUAUUAGGAUGCCUGUUAAAAUAAAGCUAUUGUCUUUUUCCAAACUUCCA